UACUACUCGGCACAAGCGGGAAUUUCAGGGCAGAUUUUUUUGAAAAUAAUUAGUUAUUAAGACCCGACAAUGAACAUUAACGAUGGAGAUUUCAAAGAUUUGCGGGCCAAACUGGAUGUUAUGGGAUUUAACCAGACGCUACCUGUUCUGGCAAUCCCUUUGGUUCAAGCAAUAUUUGGAGAUUUAAUUAAGACCACAGAAUGCCUAAGGGAUACAAAAAAGCAAGUUGCCAGUCUCCUUGAGGAAAAGACCUGUUGGGAGCUGGGCAUUGAACCCUACAAAUGCGACAACUCACGAUUGCUAGCAGAAUGCAAUCAACUUCACUUGCAGUUCAUAAAGGAGCGAGAGGAUUACGAACUGCGAAUAUGUGAGGCCGAAAGACGCAUAAGAAACCUACAGACGGAUAGGGAACACUUGCAGUGCCACAAUGUGGAAAUGCAGAAUCAAUUGGAUGCGAUGUUGUCCAAGCAAAUGGUUACAUCGGUUGGUGUCAAGCGAAACCCAGGACCAGCCCCACGCCAUGGCAAGAAACCCUUCAUCAGCACUGUGCGCUCUGGCAACGUUUUGCCCACUGUUUUGGGAUCAACGCCAAGGGAAAGCCUAAAGUGCACUAAAUGCAAUGCUGGCAUCUUUCAAAAGACUACCACCACCAGCAAGGAUGGCGGAAUCACUGUGACCCAGACUAGCGGACAAGAAGAGAUUGAUAAGCUUCAAAACGAUCUAACAGCAGCUGGCGAACAGUUGGAGUUCUACAAGCGGAAGGUAGAAUCAAGAAAUCGAGAGAUACGACGACUGAAUGACAUGCUCUCUGGCGGACGUCCUCCCGCUGCUUUGGCCAAAGAUUGCUGCUACAAAGAAGUGGGGGCCCUGUCCCAAGAUAUUGAUCUAUUGCAAAGAGAAAAGACUGAACUAAUGAUACAGAUCCAGGAAUGUCGUGACAAAAUGCAUGAUGCCAUGCAACGUGCUGUAAGUUCAGAGGAGGAGAAGCUACGACUGCAAAAACAAAUGGGGGAGCUAAAAGAAGCCGCCCUGCAAGUGGAGCUGCAAGCCAAUUCCGAAAUAGAGGCUAGAGAGUUGCAACUAAAGCAAUUGCAAUUGGAAUUGAAACAAUCUGCAUCUGGUGAACGACUUGCGGGUGGUGCUACUCUUCAGAAUGAUAAACGCAAUCUAAAUGAACGGCUCAAUCUCCUCACACGCCGCGAAGAGGAACUGGACGCACUGAAUGACAAGCAGAAGAAGAAACUCCAUAAAAUGCAUGCCAAGAUAACAGCCCUUCAAAAGGAACUCCGCGAUCAGAAUCAACAUGUUGUACUUAACAUUGAUGAGGAGAAAAUUCGGCUCAAGUCCGAACGAGAUUUCUUUCAGAAGGAAUAUCUUCGUCUGAUGAGCAAGUCUGGUUCGGAUACGGAAUUGGCCUUUUUGCAUGCACAAAUCAAGUCGAAAGAUGAGGAACUUAAAGCAUUGCGUGCCGAAAUCUUUUCAGGAAAGCUACAAAUGUCUCCACAAAAGAGUCAGCAAUACGAGACAAUUCCACCGCUGACUGGGCGUAGCUCGUCGAAUGGCAAUAGCAGUCGCAGUGAUUGCGUCCAGGCCACCAUUGGAAGAAUAGAACGCGAACGUGAUUGUGCCCGCUCGGAAUUGGAACGUGUGCGCUGCGAACGGGACACAUUAAGGGAGAAGCAAUUGUGCUCGGUCCAACUGCAUGCCGAGGAAUUGCAAUCGUUGCGCCAUCGCAAUGAAGAGCUGCAGGAUCGUUUGCGCCGCCUGGAAAAGGAUAAUCGGGAAUUGAAUUCAGCCCGUGUGCCAACGGAAACCAACAUAGUUCUGCUCAGAGAGGAUAUUGCGGAGUUAAAGCAACGUGUGGUGACCUUGCAAAAUGAAUUGCAGCAAGCGAAAACUGAAAACGCCCAAAUCAGUUUGAUAAACGAGCAAAAUGAACGUCUGAUAGCAGAUUACCACAGCAAAUUGAUUAUAGCCGAACGUCAACGACAAACGGCUGAUGUGAGGGCCAGUUCCUUGGAUUCGAGUCGGGAAACGAAUCGAAAUGAAUUGACCCAAUUGCGUAGCGAACUGGGAGCGUUGCGUAAAACGUUCAUCUCACUGGAGCACGAGAAGGAUUCGCUUCUGAUCCAAUUGGACGCCAAAACCGAGCGAUCCUACAAACUAGAAUAUGACCUCAAGGAUUGCAGGGAGAAGAAGCUAACUCUGGAGAAGAAACUGCAAGAGCUGGAGGAGCAACUUCUCAAAGUGACCACCCGAAGUCGUCAACGUGAUUCAGAAUUGAAUGAGACUUGCACUGAAAGCAAAACCCUGCGUCAACAAUUGAUGGCAAUCAAAACGAGCCGUGAUGAAGCCAUCGCAGAGAAUGGUCGUCUGUCGGACAAAUUAAGCGAUGCUCAGGUGGAGGUUAAGAAGUUAAUUCAAAAACUCAAGGACUCGGAUGAUCAGGUGGCCUAUAUGAAAGAACAGUUACGCAAAUAUGUGCAGGAAGUGAAGAAGGCCGAGGAAAUACUUAUGCAAAAGGUGUACUCUCUCUUAAAGGAUAAGGAACGUGAGGAUCUCUUGGAUCAUUACAAGAGUCUCUCUCACGUGCAGGUGGCCCUUGCGGGCAGCAAGCAAAAUCUCGAAUUCGAAGCAACCGAAUUUAAACAACAAAUCUGUGAACUGGAAUGCGAAGUUCGGACUCUUAACGAUAAGCUACAUUGCUGCCAGUGUGCACGGGAUGAGGCGGAAGUCAAAUUGACAGCUGCUCGAGCAACGGUACGCCGUUUGGAACAAGAAUUGGAGAACGCCCACGAUGAUUUGAGAAUACAGAAAGUUGAUCUUGAUGCUCGCAAAGAACUAUGUGAUAAACUGGAUGUGGAGAAGGCAAAACUCAAUGCCGAAUUAAACGAGGUCCAUGAAAUACGCAAAAAGCUGACUAAAGAAUGCGAAAAUCUUCGCUGGGAGCUCCAGCAGAGUGCUGCGGUUAAUCAAAUUACCACCGAGACGACGGAUGAAAUGAUUGAACGUCUGCACAAUGAUCAGCAGCGUCAGGAAGAUGCCGAACUAAAGGCAAAGAAUGAAAUGGAGCGUCUUCGGGAACUACAUGAAGCGACACUGAAACAACUUCAGGUGGAGCGAGCACGUUGCAGUCAGCAGGAACUUUUGGCCAAUCGGUUUGAGGAGCAAGCCCGGGAAUUGCGUCAAAAUUUAACUGAAGAUCGUUUCCGUCAAGCACGUACAAGGGAAAUAAGUCCUAGAGUGCCAUCAAAAACGUUGUAGUAUUGGCUUAUGGUUCUUUUUUUUUUAUCGUUCUCACUUUUUACAUGUUUAACUCAAAUUUAUUGUAUGUAUUUAUCUAGGUUUACACAAAUCCUGAUCAAAUCUUAAAAAAAAAAAGAAACAGCGCGUA